AUGCUUCGUGUUUUCAGAUUGCUUCGUAUUUCUCUCCCCUUUGAACCCAUGGCACUGACGACACUGGAUAGUCUGCAUUCUCGUCUUGGGUCCCUAAAGUUGCAGAGCGAAAAUGGAAGAGUUCCAAAGGCCCAUCGGAUAACCUUGCAGGAGGGGGAAGUGGCCAUCCAUCACCACUUGCACGACUCGCCGAACUGGUUCCAGAGUUCGUUACCCUUCUUCAUUUCACCAAAGCACGAUGGAGUGCGUAUGAUUACCUUCCCACCUGAACUUUCCAGCACCCACAACCACCACAUUGAUAGGCUUGGUCAGGCGAAAACUUCAAAAUCUGCAUCAAAGUCCACAGACAAGCCAUACAUCGCAGAAACGACAUGCUUUUCGCGUUACGGGAGGCCAAUUCACGGCAUGUUCUGGAUCGAACACGAGCUAGCGUUGUUGAAGGCGUUGUGUCGGGAUCCGAUGUUGGUACUGGAUGGUGAGUUGUACAUUCACCAAAGCGUCCCUGAUAAGGGAAAAAGUGACGAUACCGAUGAAUCGGUGUCGCCAGCAGACGAGAGUUUUCCUAAAAGAGGCUCGCUCAAGGCACAAGGGGAAGGUAAAGACGGCGUCUCCUUAAUUGACGAAUGCAAAUCUACGGAGGUGGAACCGGCUUCGGCUUCACUGACGCGGGAGAGUGAUUCCUUCAAGACGGGUUUUUUGGCGGUCUCGGCACUGGUGCAUCGGCUCCGCGGGUCAGGCAAAAACAGUCCUUCUCGUAGUGGCAUAAGCUCCAUCGGAUCGAUCUCAGAUCGUUUGGCAGAGGUGCUUCAAUACGUCAACACACUGCCACGGUAUUUCCUCUUCGACGUCGUUUCCUUCAGUCCGCCCCAGGAAUCAGCAGGGGUUCAUAGUGGUAGGGAAAGCGAACAGAAAUUUCAGGGUAGACGUUCGAGAAAAGGUGCCGCUGUUAGACAGAUUUCUAGCGAAUUGGAGCGUAUCCUCCAGCUCACGAUGAAGGCGCAUCACGUGACGGAUCUAGAAAUGCUCCGGUGUGUCCCGAACCUAACACCGUUCUCCCAGCGCCUGCGCACGCUCUACUUUUUGACAGACCUGCUUUCCCGCGGUGUAAACUCACCAACGCUCCAAAAAGCCUUUAGCUUGACGAACCUCACUUCAGAUGAGGGGACUGCUAGUAGCUGCUGCAAAACCGCCAAAAAAAGCAAAGCAAGGAAAAAACGCACUGAUGGCGGCGAUCCCCGCAGCUCUGGAGAGGUCCCGUAUAUCCAAAUGAUCCCAUACCGUCUGGUUCGAUCACUGGAAGAGGCAGAGCACUCCUUGUUGCCGAGCUACGUAGCGCAAGGCUACGAGGGCGCGGUGAUUCGAACACCGACAAACUUAUACGAAUUUCGUGAGAAGCGCAAAGACGUGCUGCGGCGCUUCGUCGAACCGUUAAUGUUGCAAAGACCUAUGAAUUGCAAACGGGUGCAGCUGCGACGACGGGCCCCUUCCGUCGACGUAGAUUCGCCUCCUUUGAAGCGGACCGCCUCGGUCCAUCAGGAUAUCGUGAACACACAACGCAUGGUACUACUGCGCACGUAUGCAGGCGAUGAAGUGAACAAAGGAUGCCGCCGCACGACCGGUCGUUCGGAUAGACUGGAAAAGGGAAUACACGAAGACAGGGGAGAUGACGAAUCAGCUGCCGCGAACGCCACUGAAAACGAUAUUGUUGCUAGCUCGAAGCAGAUCGCGCAGCGUGCACUCGAGCACUCCAAGAACCUUCCGCGGCGCUGCGAAACGUGUGUAAAACUUUUACCUUUUCGCGACAAAGAGUACGCGGUAUUGCGACCGCUCUUGAAGGUUCCCUCAACAAACCCACGUGCGCGGCCGUUGGUGGCGAUACCGAUUAAAGAAGUCGAGUCGCGGAAAGGUCGUGAAGGCAUACCCAUCAAAAGGAACACGUGUAAAAAGCAAAAGGAUGCUUCUAAGAAUGAGUCCCCUCAACGCGAUUGUACCGAUGACGAAGGAAUGGUGGUAUUUUAUGGGCUUCAAUGCCUGGCUGAGAACGGUCGUGUGUUUAACGUGUCCAUCCCAAAGAUGUCAGCGGAGAAGCAGCGCGCACUCCUUCAGCAUCUCCUGGAAGUCUCUCAGAAGAGGCAAGGCAAGAAAACGCUUACAGGUAUGUACGUCACCGUGAAGUUCGCAUCACUUACAGAGCACGGGGUCCCCCGCUUCGGCACCGUCAAGGCCAUCCGUGGCGGCAAGGGUUGGUUUCUAUGA